GUCCGCUUCCCCGCAGGGUUCGCCUUCCCCGACUGGGCCUACAAGCCCGAGUCGAGCCCCGGCUCGCGGCAGAUCCAGCUGUGGCACUUCAUCCUGGAGCUGCUGCAGAAGGAGGAAUACCAGAGCGUCAUCGCCUGGCAGGGCGACUACGGCGAGUUCGUGAUCAAGGACCCCGACGAGGUGGCGCGGCUGUGGGGCAUCCGCAAGUGCAAGCCCCACAUGAACUACGACAAGCUGAGCCGGGCGCUGAGGUACUACUACAACAAGCGCAUCCUGCACAAGACGAAGGGGAAACGCUUCACCUACAAGUUCAACUUCAGCAAGGUGGUGCUGGUGAACUACCCGCUGCUGGAGCUGGGCAGCGCCCCCUUCCUGCUGGCCCCCUGCCCCGGGGGGGCGCACGGCCCGGACUGCCCGCCCCUCACCCCCGAGACCCUUCAGUCCCUCUUCGCCAGCCCCCGCCUGGGGGACCCCCCCGGACGCAGCCCCCUCUUCGAGCGCCAGGCCGAGAGCGAGAAGCUGCGGCUGGACUCGGCCAUCCCCUUCCUAGGCUCAGGUGUCUCCGGCUAUUCGAAGCCCCCCUUGCUGGCCCCCUACGGCAGGACGCCCCCCUUCCCCGAGUACCCCUGGAAUUUUAACCCCUACCUCUCCGGCGCCUUCCCCCUCAGCAGCUCCAAGCUCCCCGCCUCCCUCUACUCCCCCCAUUUCUACCCCAACCCUCUGGCCCAGCUCCCAGCCCCCGUCUCCCUGCUGGCGGGGGAGGGGGCCGAGAGGGGGGCCCUGGGCCCCGCGGCCAUGCCACGCCUGUGCCUGCCCCCCCACGGGGGCCCCAAGGAGGAUCCAGGCUCGGACUCGGAGCUGGAGAUCACGGAUCUGAGCGAAUGCAGCUCGGAGAACGAAUCCAGCCCGGAGAGCCCGGAGCUCAAACUGGGGGCGCCGGAGGGGGCGCCAGGGGCCGCCGGGGGCCCAGCCAAGGAGGGGAAGAGCCCGGCGGGGACCUGA